CAUUCGUAACACGGAACAUAUUUUUUAUUUCCUCUCUCUGCCAUUCGUUUAAUGAAAAACGGUCGGUCGUGGCAAUUCUCGAAUUUCUUGAUAUGAAUUGGCAAUUGUUUUAUUAAAAUAAUAAAAACUGGUCUUAGGAAGUUAUUCGAGGCACCAGUAUUAAUCUAUAAAUAAAAACCAACACAUUAAUAUAUAUUCUUGAAAGGUGCAUAUAUACAAAUUUUUGAAAGUGUUUUGUUAAAAUGUUUCCUUGCAUCCUGAGCUGACCAACAAAACCCUGACUGAGAUUGACUUUGGGAACCAAAGCUGCUAAUUUUGUUGCAGAAUAAGGCAGACAUCAUGAGUAUGGAUGAAAAAUUGAAAUAUUCUCUUUUAAGAAAUGAAUUAGUAGAUACUCAAUCGAUAUGGACAAGACACGAAAAACGUAUUUGGUUUAUAACUCUAAUCACCGGCACAUGUAUGCUGUACUCAACACGAACCACAAUGCCUUUACUUGUGCCCGCCGUGGCAGGAGAAAUGAAAUGGAGCAAAACUGAUUCGGGAACAGUAUUAAGUUCAUUUUUCUGGGGAUACACAUUAACGCAGGUUGUUGGUGGCUAUUUCAGCGAUCGCUUUGGUGGCCAACGAGUUAUUUUGUUUGCAGCAAUCGGUUGGUCACUAAUAACAUUUUUUAUGCCCAACAUAAUAUGGUGGGCACCAAAUGCAAAAGGUUAUGCCAUUCCAUUUAUUGUGACUAUACGUAUUAUUAAUGGAGCAUUUCAGGGUGUUCAUUUUCCCAGUAUGAUAAGUUUAACAAGUCAAAAUCUUUGCUCAAAUGAACGCACAAGUUUUUUUGGUCUACUGACAUCUGGCUCUGCCAUUGGCACCCUACUGACGGGGAUUCUGGGCUCGUUUGUUUUGGAUUACUUUGGUUGGUCCUAUGUAUUUCGUGUCAUUGGCUUUAUGGGCAUUGCAUGGGCUUUAGUGUUACGUUAUUAUGCCAUGGCUGGGGAGCGUAAUCGCAUUAUUAACGUUUCGUUGCCUUCCCGGCUGUGCGUUAAUAAGGCCAAUGUGGACACUGUGCCAUGGUUAAAGUAUUUUAGUAGACUUUCAUUCUGGGCAUGUGUCCUAACACAUGCCUGUGAAAUGAAUUGUUUCUUUGUAUUGCUCUCUUGGUUGCCAACAUAUUUCCAUGAUGGGUUUCCCCACGCCAAGGGAUGGGUGGUGAAUAUGAUUCCCUGGUUGGCAUUACCUCCAAGUACAUUUUUUGCCAAAUAUCUAACUGGAAGACUGUUGGCACGUGAUUGGUCCAUGUCGGCGGUAAGGAAAAUAAUACAAAGCUGUUGUUUUGCUGCACAAAACUUGGCUCUUUUUAUAAUGAGCCGAACUACAGAUUUUCAUACAGCCUUAAUAUGCAUGACAGUAAUCAUUGGUGGCACUGGUUUUCACAAUAAUGCUGUGACUGUAAACCCCCAAGACUUGGCACCUUCUCACUCAGGCAGUGUAUUUGGCCUCAUGAAUACUGUGGGAGCCAUACCCGGCUUUUUGGGCGUAUAUUUGGCUGGUCAUAUUCUCGAAGUAACCCAAAGUUGGCCAAUGGUAUUUAGUGCAGCAGCAGGCAUUAAUCUCGUAGGCUGGAUAAUAUUUGUGGUUUUUGGCUCAGCUGAGGCUAUUGUGUGAUUUAAUUUAGGUUAGCUUUAUUUCUUGAGAAACGUUCCGCUGCAUCACAAUGCG